AUGCACCCCGAACACAAUACGGAACGCAGGCAGGCCAGAGCACAAGCACUAGAUAAAAGGUUCGCACACCUCGAGGACGUGGUUUACGUGGACGCCGCAGAUUACAGUAGUCGCGACGCCAUGGCCACAUCGGUAGUUGAUCGAGAGGGCAAGUUAAUUAAUUCUGGCACGGUCUUCACGACUUCAUCCGAGGUUGGGGAGGAGGCAGCCAUUGCACUGGCAAUGACCUCGUCCUCCCGGAUCAAAUUCAUAGUAAGCGACUCCAAGCCGGCAAUUUUAAAUUACACGAGGGGACGCAUAUCGUCCGAGGCACUCAAAAUUCUACGGACCGGUUUCCACGGAGAUCGAGUUAGGGGAGUUCACAUCGUGUGGGCGCCAGCUCACUCUGGCCUCCCGGGGAAUGAGAAGGCGCACGACGCGGCUCGAGGCUUAACCGACCGGGCCGACGUCACCAACAUCUUUGACGCACACUCGUUCCGCCGGUCGGACAGAGACAGGCUGGUUGCCUAUCGGGACGUGAUUAACCACUACAGGCUGGGAAGGGCUAAAUACCCCGCAGCAGACAGGACUCUGUCCAAAUGGCAGGCAGUGGCGUGGCGCCUUCUUCAAACUAAUACAUUUCCAAACCCCGUGGCGUACAGUCACUGCUAUCCGGGGCUUUACUCCAGCGCAUGUAAGCAUUGCGGGGACAGGGCCGACCUGCAACAUAUGGUCUGGGCCUGCCCCUUUAAAAAACAUAGAAACAACAGAAACAGAGCUCAAACUUUAAUGCUAAACAUUAGAACCUCCGAGCAGUGGGAGACCGUGCUGCUCAGCUCGGACCCGGGUGAACAGGUCCGUCUGGUCCAGAUGGCCGAGGCCGCCGCCAAGGAACAAGAACUCCUGGCCGCCGACUGAGGGGGGAGAGGGGGAGGCUCUCUCAACACUCCCCCUUCCCUGACCCCAUCUAUGGGCAAAUUAAAUGUUGUCAUCA